UGCAUAGCUGCUGUAUGUCUCGCCCGUGUGCGCAGGAGCACAGCGACCCAUUUCGCCAGACGAUGGCCAAAGCAUUAGAGGUUACUUGGCGUCUCACUUCCCUACUGUCUCUCCCCAGCCCCUGAGAAUCCCAAAACGCAUCCAUUGCCCCAAUCAUUGUGCCAGUUCCCUGGACGCGCUGUCCUUAUAUAGCCUGACAGCAGACGGCGCCCUGCCCCUGCCAAUUGGCUCAGUGCAAUGACACAGGAAGAGGGGGAGGAUCCAGUCACGAAUUACGCGUUUCAAAUCCGGUCCCCACUGACAGCCUCCUGUUUCCAGAGACCCGAUACCGGCACAGACACUAGCGACCCCUUUGUGUCCCUGCAUUUUCAGAUUUUUCUGUCUUCCAAUGAGAUGACUCAAAUGCUGCAGAGUGAAUUUGAGACAAACUGGGAAAAUGCUGAAACCUGGAUGAAAACUAUCCAUGAGAGACUGAAGAUCAAUGAUAAUACUGAAGGGCCAAGAUCUGCCCUGGCGGCCAGGUUGAGGGAGACAGAGAAAAUCUGUGCCCUGGAGCCUGAAGGCAAAUUACUCUUGGACAUGGUGCUGAUGGCAGCAGAACAUCUUCUCAGCAAGAGUAGUGAGGAAGAGAAACAUGAUAUUCAUAUCAAACUAGGGAAAUUAAAGAGCAUGUUUGAGGAGACCACAGUUUAUAUGACACACUGCCACAGUCGCAUCGAAUGGGUUUGGCUGCACUGGAAUGAGUACCUGAAAGCCAGAGAUGAGUUUUAUCUGUGGGUCCAUAACACAAAACUGACCCUAGAACCAGAUGUGGAACUUCAGAUGGGCAUUAAAGAGAAACGCUGGCACUAUGAACAAGCACAGGUUCUUCUAAGAGACGUCAACAACCAGUCAUGCCUGUUGGACAGACUCAUGGAGGAAGCUGCCUCCUUAUACAACAGGAUUGGAGACCCCAGUGUGGAUGAGACUGUGCAGAGAGAAAUGAUGGCAGAAUACAAACAAAUAAAGAAGAAAGCCAAGGAAAGGGCACGUUAUCUUGAAAAUAUAUUGAAAGAACAUGAAGCCUAUCAUAGGGAUGUCAGUGAAUUCCGGUCUUGGCUGAACAGUGUGAUUGAAAAGCUGAAGUGCGGUGUUGGAGAGGCCACAGAAUCUACAGAAUACUGGCUCAGAAUGCUGCAGGAGAUCAGCAAGGAGGUACAGAAUGGUGGGAAGAAGCUGGAAGACCUUGAAGGCAAGUCACUAGAGGUGAUAAAGAAUACAUCCCCUCUAGGAGCAGAUGAUAUCUGCAAGGAGCUGGAGGAGCUGCGCAAAGCUCUAGCAGAUCUCAAACACAUGAAUGAUGAUGAAGAGGAGAGUCUUCUCAAGGCUCACAGUUCUGAAAAUGCCUUCCUACUUUUGGCCAGGCAACUGGAAGCCAACAUAAAUGAAUUCCGGAAAGCCAUCCAGAGACUAGAGGAGAGUCUGGAAUCAGGAGAAAGGGUGAAGAGUGAAGAUGAGCUGGUAGCUCUGUGGAAAACAUUAAAUGCUACCAAGUCUGCUUUAGCUGCAGAGGAAACAAGAGGUGAAGGAGUAAAGGUUCAGCUGAAGGAACUCUUCAAGUUCUCCAAAGAUGUCCAGCCUCUUUCUGAUGGAGUCAUAGCUGCGAUUCGAGAAUACCAAAGGGCUAAAAGCAAAGCCUUUAAGCUGAGCACCGAGACUGAAUCGGCACUCAUACAGCACUUCCAGAUUCCGCUGCUGGAAUUCCAGCACUGGAAACGCAUAUGUGAGAGAGUCCUGGAUACCACGUCAAUUCCUUUGAGCGACACUCUUCUGAACCAUGAUUGCUUGCUACAGAUUGAGAGGUUGCUGGAGGAAAGUGCCAAAAUAGAAGACAAACUACGUAUUCUGAAGACGAAGAAGGAGCAAAUCAUUGGGGUGCUUGGUGAACAGAAGGCAGAAGCCUUUCUUACUGAGGUGGCAUCUGCUUCAAGGGAAAGGGAUUCUCUCCAUGUUGUUCUUCUGGAGAGAAAGAAAACCUUACUGAGUUUGGCUUCCCAGAGUAAAGAAUUUGAUGCUGCUUUUGACCAGUUGCGGAAAAAGGUGUCAACUAUAAGAAUCAAAGCUGGCAAAGAAAGUGAAUUACAGCCUGACCUUGUCGGGAAAGAGACACAACUGCAGAGAUUUGAGAUGUUUAAGGAUGAUUUGUUGAAACUGGAACCUGAAUUUAAAGAGGUAGCUUCUAUGGCUGAAUCAAGUCCCACCCACAAGCUUAAAGUCAGCCAGCUGUCUUCAGAAUAUGCUACCUUGCACAAGUCACUCGAGAUCAACAUGCGAAAAAUUAAAGCAUAUAUUAAUGACCAUCUGAUAUUCAAUGGUAAGCUGCUAGAUCUUCAGCACUGGCUCAUGGUGACAAGGCAGGAGUUGGAAUCAUUUCAGGAUAGCAAUGGGCAUUGGGAUGUUGAGUCCCGAGAGAAGGAAAUACAGAUAUUGUUGUCUGAGAUAACAGAAAAAGAUAUCCAGCUUCAACAGGUAGAAUCUCAAGGUUUAUUAGUGAUGGAGACCUCCUCUCCAGAAGGAGCUGCCCACAUUCAGACUGAGCUGAGGCAGCUUAAUGCCUCAUGGGUGUCUCUGAAACUACUCUGGGACGCUCUAGCAAGAGCGUUCAAAGACAGAGAACUACAGAGACUUGCACUACUGCCACCUACAAUUACAUUCGAGAACUCAAUAAACCAGAGAACUGACCUCCUCCCAAAUAUGGAACUGCGCUGGACCACAUCUCAGUGUGAUAAUGGCAACAAUGAAAGGAACAACAGUAAUGAUUCUGAAGAAUUUGGACCAAGUGGAAUUGUGGGCAGAAUUGUCUAUGACACCAGUCCAGAGAAUGCAACAUUAAGAUCUGAGAAAAGCCGGAUACCACAAAGAAAAAGCAAAACACCCAAUGUCAUCCAUGAAAAUGAUCCAUUAUUCACUACAGCAGAGUUUGAGAAGAGUUCUCUGUCUCUGGAAAUAAAUACUAGCAUUACCAGUGACUCUAUUCCAUCCAAGAUAACUGUGAGGACAGACAAAAGCCGAAUACCAAUGAGGAUAAACCAAACAUCCAGUGUCCUGCAAGGAAAUAGCUCAUCCUUCCCACCAGGAGAGUCUGGGAAGAGUCCAAGUACUUUGGAGAGUGGUCCUACCAGUGAAACUGUCAGUUUGGACAGUAGUCAGAUACCAAGGAGGCGAGCACAAGUAUCCAGUUUACUUCAAGUUACUGAUCCACUUAUACCUUCAGCAGAUGCUAAGGAGAGUUCAAGCAAUUAUAUUGGCAAUGUUGAAGAUCCAGUCAGCACAUCAGGAGAGUCUGGGCAGAGUUCAAGCACAUUGAAUAUAAAUACUGGAUUCCUGUCAGGCAGUCCGAAUAUCCCAGUGAAAGCACCCUCUCCAUAUAAUAUAGUCUCUGUGAGAAAAAAUAAGAAGGGUAUCAGUCUGGCAGAAUCUGUGGAUUUUGUGGAUUCAUCUCCUGUGCAAAGUAAAGAACAGAAAAGGACAGAGUCAUGUGAUGGCUACAUGGAUCUCCUGAAGGAAUUUGAGCUUUGGCUGCAGGAAGAGAAUUCCAAACUGAACACAAUCUGUAGCACAAAAACAUCUAACAGCGAGGAAAUGAAAUUUAGGCUCAGUAAGCUCCAGAGAUUACAGCUGCAGGUACCCAAGGGCCAGCGCCUGUUUGAAUCUUUGCUUGUUUCGGUGCCAGCCAUGGCUGUUACUGAUAAUUUGAGGUUGGAAGACCUACGCUACCAAUGGAUGCUUUAUAAAUCCAAACUAAAAGAUGCCGGAAGCUCAUCGAGAAUAAAAACAUCUGAAGAGCUAAGGGGAAUAACCAAGAAGUCAUCUGGGGGUCUGUGCUCCUUCCUGCACCGUGUGUGCUGUGCCGCACUUCCCCUCCAGCUGCUCCUUCUAUUUCUCCUCCUAUUGGCAUUGCUUAUCCUUCUGAUGCAGGAGAACCAAAACUGCGCCCUUUCCAACAACUUUGCCCGAUCCUUCAACCUGAUGCUAAAAUACGAAAGACCCCCUCCUACUUAAUCAGACCUUCUCUCCCUCCACUAUUACUCGGCAGCUGUGUCUUGUAUAUAAAUCUCUUAGCAAAGGCUUACAUAUUUAUUAAACCCUCCACCGCUUUAAUACAUAUUGCAGGCCAUAUAAUCCGUGAGGGGUUUCAUUUAUUAACCCUGUAUAUAGCAGCUUUGUAUAUAAGAAAAUACAGUGGCAUAUUUUAUACAAUUGUCCAAUAUUUAUAAUUCUAUGUACUGUAGGCAACGUAUGCCUUUUUAAACCAUAUUUGUAACUUGCUUGUUAUUGACACAUGUGACUGCAUGUGAAGUGUGGAUUAAGCAAUAGUUUACUGUUUCUAAUAGGUCAGAAUACAUUCCUCAAUCAGCGGCUGGGGCAGGGGGUCUAGGAUAGGAUUAAUGCUUCCUUACUGUGGUAACAGGUCAUCAUAGUAUUUAAAGGAUAGUUAUAUUUAUGAUUAUAUCAUUUCCUUGAUGGAACAACUAUUAGACAAUGACAAGUGACAAAUUAGAUCCUUGAAGCACAAGAGAGAAAGGGGUAGAUUUACUAAAGGACGAAGUGGCCGUUGCUAGUGAUAUUCCAAUCUGCAGGAACAUUACCAAUUUACUAACAGGCGUAGACGACAAUACGCUAGCGAAAGAGACCAUUAACAUUUCCAACCAUUUGAGGGGGAAGCCACAUUUGUUUUAGGGUGGGCUCAUGUCUAAGGCAUUAGAGGAUCUCUUUUGUCCAAUUCAAGCAUUUGCACCAACAUUACUAAUAAAAACAUAUAUAUGACCUAUAUGUAGCCGCCCUAUUCAAAGUGUAACUGUACUAACGAAGUAGGCAGAAUUGAGCACUAGCGAAAAAAAUGCUGGCGCUGACGAACUUCACCAACGUUCGGCUACUGAGACGCAACUUUGCAUUUUAGUGAAAUAGUGUAGUGGUACCAAAUUUACACCUGGCGAAGUGGCACGUAGUGUGGCGCAGGGUUCGCUGGCAAAGAGCUUUGGAAAGGAAAUGAUGUCACAGUAUUACAUCUCUUCAAAUGAAAAGUGCAUUAAGACAUACCAAAGAUUAUGCAGCAUCAAUGCAGUCUGGUUACUUUUUUGCCAUAGCAUUGCAUACUAAUACAGUCAUUAACAGCACUGAGCCUACCAAAAACUUGAGUUCCAAAUCAGUGUCGCUCCCACUCGUGCAGAACACAGUACGUCCUCCUCAAGUGCUCAAAUAUUCAAAAUUGUGUCGCUGUAGGAGCUCAAAAACAUGAACCUCAUGGGAAAUACAAGAUAAAAAUAAUAUAGUGUAGCGUUCUUAGAAAUCACUCACCCUGUGUCAAAACACACUCAUCCCAAAGUGUAUGAAGUGAUUGUGAAAAGAUGAAGUUAGAUAAUAGUGAGAAAGACUAACCUACUCCAAUCUUCGCUUCAGCUUUAGCGUCCCAUUAUACUAACCGACUAAAACAGUAUUAAUUGCAUAUAGUAACUUCCAUCCACAUUGAUGGCUCCUUUGCAGCUUUUUCUACUCCUUUAGGAGCAUUAAAAGAGUGGCAUGUGUGGAAAGUGUUUAAAAACUUUAAUAAAUAAAUUGUAUUGAACUUACAAACAUAUAAACCACACUUGUCAGAUUCGAAAAUUCGCCAACAAUCUCAUCCGCAGAGACAUUGGCAAUUUACUAACAGGUGUAGGUGACAAUUUGCUAGCGACAGAGGCCGUCACUAGCACAGUUUUGCGCCCUAUCGCCAGGGGCAUUUUCGCUCUCUGCAAAUUCAAUAAAGUGCGAAUUUCAAAGAACGUUACCUCUUUCAUCAGAGAUUCCUUCACCACCUAUGACCUGGCGAACUGAAAAAACACAGCUACAUCCUCCUCAAUCGUGUAUGUCAGUGACAUCAUAUCCUGUAUGCCGGAAAGUUAUUAACGUUGUAAAAAAUGCUGGUGUCUUUUAAUUUUUUAA